CGGGAGGUUUGGGAUGGCGUUGCUAUCCCUUUAUGCACUGCCAUCCCGGAUGGCCAGCCUUGGGGGGAUGGCACAUCACAUGACUCCAAGCCCUGUAAUAGCCAUUACUUUCUAAAGUGGACGUGGUUGGCUCUCAAACUCGUCGUCUCUUGUUAA